AUGGAGAAUUACCAGAAGAUUGAGAAAAUUGGAGAGGGAACCUACGGUGUCGUCUACAAGGCCCGUGAACUCACCCAUCCCAACCGUAUUGUUGCCCUGAAGAAGAUCCGACUUGAAGCGGAAGAUGAAGGUGUUCCGAGCACUGCCAUCCGUGAGAUCUCCCUUCUCAAGGAGAUGAGCGAUCCGAAUAUUGUACGACUCCUGAACAUUGUCCAUGCCGAUGGCCACAAACUCUAUCUUGUUUUUGAAUUUCUUGACCUCGAUCUUAAGAAGUACAUGGAGGCUCUUCCUAACAUGGGACUCGGAGAUGCUAUGGUCAAGAAGUUCAUGGCCCAAUUGGUGGAGGGAAUUCGUUAUUGCCACAGCCAUCGUAUUCUGCAUCGUGAUCUCAAGCCUCAAAAUCUGCUCAUUGACCGUGAUGGCAAUCUGAAAUUGGCCGACUUUGGUCUGGCAAGAGCAUUCGGUGUCCCUCUGAGAACCUACACACACGAGGUCGUGACUCUCUGGUACCGAUCUCCCGAAAUCCUGCUUGGUGGUCGUCAAUACUCUACUGGCGUCGAUAUGUGGUCCUGUGGUGCUAUUUUCGCCGAAAUGUGCACACGCAAACCAUUGUUCCCCGGCGAUUCCGAGAUUGACGAGAUUUUCAAGAUCUUCAGGCUCCUCGGUACACCCGACGAAAACACCUGGCCUGGCGUCACCUCAUUCCCUGACUACAAACCAACAUUCCCCAAGUGGAAGCGUCAAGAUCCCCAUACACUGGUCCCUGGCCUGGAGGAGGAUGGUCUUGACCUUUUGGAGGCUCUACUAGAGUACGAUCCCGCCCGUCGAAUUUCCGCCAAACAGGCCUGUAUGCACCCAUAUUUUGCACACGGUACCGCUUACUACUCGGGUCGCGGUCGGAGAAAUGGAUACCACUAA